GUGGGUGGGUGGAUGGAAGAAAGGACGUUGACGACGACGGGCACGAUGGCACGUCCCCUUGCCUUGCGCUUGCCUUGCCUAGGACGGUCUUGUUCGUGCCUCCAGCUGUCUGGAUGUGCUCUCCAUCGAAGCCCUGUUCCCCGUCUGGAUUUGGUCUGCCAGGAUCUCCGUCCAUCCGCCAUCCGGCCGCGUGUCUGUUGUCCCAUCCGCCCGACGGCCCCUACGGCGCUGGCCGUGCCGACCAUCCCUCCUGACCAUACCAUCUUGCCAAUCUGACUGGUCGGCUUCUAGCGAGCUGGCAACAAUUGCAGUGGAGGGGUGGGGGGCGAAAGAGUAAGGUAGACGAAAGGUAGACGAAUCAUGUGCUUGUGAUGCUUGUGCAGAAUGAACAAUAGUCCUGUUGACUGGGCCCACCUAGAACUCCGGAGCAAACAGGUUAGUCCUCUGUUCUUCCUAUCUCUGCAUGGAUUUUGAUGAUUGGACCUUUCCCUGCUCCUUGAGGGUCCAGGAUCUCCUGCUGCAGAUUGGCAAGCAAAGGCCAGCAAAUGAGAGAGGGGAUGAGAGGGGGGGAAAGAGGAGAAAAAGAAACCAGCGACGGACAAACUCAUUAUGUGAGAUGCUGCAGAAGUCCUGCAGAAAAGACACUAGAAUAGUUGCC